AUGAAAGAGACGGCAUCUUCUUCCUUGAUCAUUUCUCAUUUACUAGCAAUAAUAUUGCUCUGCAUUUGCCCCACAAAUGCAAGGCCAGUUGUGAAGAUAUCUGAGAGCAUGCUCAAUUUCAUAUGCUCCAAGACAGAGGACCCUGCCUUCUGCAUGCAGGCUUUGAAAUCUGAUCCUCGAACAGCCACAGCCGACCUUCAAGGCCUUGCCCAAGUCUCAAUAGACUUGGCCAAUGCCACUGCUGCAGGGGCUUAUCCAUUGAUUCAGACUCAGCUACACCAGACAAAGGACCCUGCGCUCAAACAGCAGUACACAGAGUGCUUAGACUCCUAUGAAGAAGCCAUUGAUGACAUUGAGUUUGCGAGGGAGAAGUGGAGCUCCAAAGACUACAUUGCCUUGAACCAGGCUGCAUCGGCUUGCAUGACUGAUGCUACCGAAUGCCAAGAUGCAAUAACAACUGAUGAUCAGGCGUUUUCUCUCCCAGAAGAAACUAAGAAACUCUUCCAGCUUUGUAAAAUAACGUUGCUUAUCUCUGGAAGUCUGAUGCAAACCAACUAAUAACAAAAUAUAGAAAAUGAUAAAUUGGCUAAUUUGAGAGAGCCGUGAUCUCCGAUGGCUACUUCGAGGGAGCUUUGACCUCCAA